CCGCCGCGCUCCCACAGUGCCCCGCGCCCGUCCGCCAUUACCGCCAUUACCGCCCGCUGCCGCCGUCCCCGUCCCCUCACGGCCCCGCGCAGCCAUGGCCUACCGCGGGCAGGGCCAGAAGGUGCAGAAGGUGAUGGUGCAGCCCAUCAACCUGAUCUUCCGCUACCUGCAGAACCGAUCCCGGAUCCAGGUGUGGCUCUACGAGCAGGUGAACAUGAGGAUCGAGGGCUGCAUUAUUGGCUUUGACGAGUACAUGAACCUGGUGCUGGACGAUGCUGAGGAGAUUCACUCCAAAACCAAGGCCAGGAAGCAGCUGGGUCGGAUCAUGCUGAAGGGGGACAACAUCACCCUCCUGCAGAGCGUCUCCAGUUAGGAUCGGGCUGCUCCCGGCCCCACAGCGGGAUUGGGAUCGCUGGGAACCCCCCGAGCUCCCGGGGGAAUCGGGUUUUGUACUUUGGGGAAUAAAACGGGGUUUGUUUUGUUUUUUUUUUUUCACAAAA